CGCAAAAAUGAUGGCGCUCGAGUUCCAGCAUCGAUCAGCGUUCCAUUUCAGAAACAAACGCGUUUAUUAAAUUUGUUUUUAUAUUUUUCUACAGUGUAAAUUAGAAUAUUCUAAUCAUGAAGCUAGUAAGGUUUUUAAUGAAACUAUCCCACGAAACCGUAACGAUGGAACUGAAAAACGGUACCCAAGUCCACGGAACCAUAACAGGCGUAGACGUAGCCAUGAAUACACACUUGAAAGCCGUUAAAAUGACGCCCAAAAAUCGAAACCCUCUCAAUCUCGAUACAUUGACUGUUAGGGGAAACAACAUACGUUAUUACAUACUUCCGGACAGUCUUCCAUUGGAAACUCUGCUUAUUGAUGACACACCGAAAGCGAAAGCUAAGAAAAAGGAAGCGGCCAGAGGGGCUGCAAGAGGCAGAGGCCGUGGAAGAGGCAGAGGUGGUCCAAGGGGUAGGGGAAGAGGUAGAGGAAGAAGAUAAAAAUACGAUUAAGUGUUACAGAAUGAACAUUAAAAAAUAAUAAUUAGGUUUUAAGUUCUUAGUUAUAAAUCAGUUCUAAGGUUUUUUUAACCAGGCUAAAUCGUGAAAAAUAAAUUUUCUACAGGUAUUUAUAACUUUUUUUUGGUUUAAUUAAGAAAUCAGUGGAUUAAUCCAGGUUAGUAUCCCAAGUGAUUGAUACAUUCAUACUGUAAAAGAAUACUUUAAAAUUCAUAUAUUAUUUAAAUAAAGGACAUUAUUUAGUUA